AAGAUAAGGUUCUCUGUAAAAGAAAAGUGUAGAACGAUGGUGUGCAUAGAAAUUAGAAGGGGGAAGGGGCUCAUCCUCUGGCUGUGCUUGUUGUUGCUGUGCGUACUAGUAUCUCCUCCUCUCUGUCUCUCUCUGUCUCUCUCUCUCUCUCUGAGAGUAUCAGCCUUGGCAAGUGAGUGACUAAUAAUAAUGGCGGCGGCAGCUAAAGUAAUAGUAUCACAACAAACACGCCUUAUAUCUUCUCUAUCCCCUUCUUAUUUUUAUUGUUAUCCAUCCAAUUCCAAAACCAGAGAAGUCGCCCCACAACAACAAUCAGCAUGGCCACAGGGACGCCCUCUUCUUCUAGUACCCAACACCAACACCAAGAACAAGAACAAGAGCAAGAGGAGAAGGAAGAGGAUUGUUGGUGGAGUAGCAGUCUCCUCUCUCAUGGAUCCCCUCUCGUAUUCUUCAGAUUCUUCAGCAGCUAUUACUAAUGUCCAUCACCUGAUGAUGACGAUGAUCACGAGCCACGUCCCCGUCCCAUCCUCCUCCAGAUCGCUCCUUUUACUGGCUGAUUCCGCUGCUGCCUCCGGAGGAUAUUCAUUGGCCAGCUACUACACUUCCCUUGGUCUCUUUGUCAUCUCUGUCCCUGGCCUCUGGUCUCUCAUCAAGCGUUCUGUUAAAUCUAAGAUCGUGGAGAAGACAUACAUAGGGGAAGGAGAAGGGAAGAAGAUGCCUAAUCAGGUGGCUGGAGAAAUACUUUCUUUCUUCACUCGCAACAAUUUUGUGGUCAUAAAUACUGGAGAGAGGGAGACCAUAACGUUUGAGGGUAUGAUGGUUCCAAACAGAGGCCAAGCAGCAUUGCUCACUUUCUGCACCUGCAUAAGCCUAGCAAGUGUUGCCCUUGUUCUUACCAUCACUGUUCCACAAUUUGGCAAUAAUUGGUUCUGGCUUACCAUCUCAAGUCCACUGGCAGGAGUAUAUUACUGGAAAAGGGCAUCAAGGAAGGAGCAGAUCAAGGUUAAAAUGAUAUUGGCAGAAGAUGAUGGAACCCUGUCAGAGAUCAUUGUACGAGGAGAUGACCAGCAAGUAGAACAAAUGAGAAAGGAACUACAGCUGAAUGAGAAAGGAAUGGUCUAUGUAAAAGGCAUAUUUGAGAAAUGAUAGUCGAUGAUGAUGAUGAUGUUCCUAUUAACAUCCCCCAGGUUGAAUCAACCAUUACUGCCUGGGUUCAUCUCAUUCUUAUCUUCCUGUUUACUAUCUCUUUUAAAAGGCGCAGCAACAAAUAGAUCAGAUCAAUUUGUCAGAUGCACAAAAGGGGUUUUCCACAUGCUAUACAGUUAAUAUGCGCAACAAAAUUUAGGUAACACAAUCUUAAAGUCUGCAUUUUUUACGCGGCGUUGUAAUGGAAUGAAUGACUAGAUAUCGUUCUAGUAGACGAAGGGGAAGAUAUCGUUCUUCGGACGGUAACAACUCAAAUUCACAAGCAAAGAUAAACAACCUUGCGCACAAGGCAAAUGGAGAGAACUCUGGUUAUAUUCUUAAAAAAAACUCUUUUUUUUUCUAUC